GUCCUUAUAAUUUAUUGCAAACACAAAAAACAUAUUAUACAAAUGACAAACAUAGCUAUGAAUUUUAUUUUUAGUAAACAGCACUUUCUUUGGUUAACUGAAAUUGUAGUGACCAGGGGGUAUUCCAGAAAGCUGGUUAUGUGACAUACCGGGUAAGUUUAAGGGUUAGUUAGGGUUAGUUCAUUUCAAGAAAAUGUUACUGAGCUUCAGGGUUGUCUGCGCAUGUGUGCGCUUUUGAUGAGCGUCAAGUGGGUGUGGAAUCACAGAUUGUAAUAUUAUAAUUUUACAGCAAUAUUACAAUUAAAAUGAAUAAAGAUAAAAUGAAAUAGUCUUUAAAUAAAAUAAUGUAAGAUGUUAUUGUUAAACUAAUUUAAGCCUGUAUUUAUAUUGAAUACUGUAUUUCAAUUAUGUUUAUUAAAACAUCUCCAAAUAUUACUGGAUGUAUAUGGACACCUUACAAUUUCCAACAGUUACAGGAUGUUAAUAGUGACGUUUUUUAACUGCAGAACAAUUUAUUGAGCAAUUGCAUAUGAUUACUCUUCUCCGCUUAUUAGGCAAUAUUUGAUGCAUUGGGUCAAGGACAGUUGUGGCCUGAUGGUUAGAAAGCCAGACUUAACAUAUGGAAAGCCAUGGCCUUUUACCUAACAAAAAUGAAAAUGGAUAUAUUUGAAAUACAUUCAUUUAAAAGGGAUAUAUUACAUGACAUAUUGGACAUGUAACUGUGGACCUAACGUUUCAAUCUCUACCUCUGUCACAGCAGACCUUCAUCCUCUAAUGCAAAUGAAUUAUCAUGGUUAGUGUGUACUGAAGUGUUUAACAAGAUUUUUUUACUCUAUGACAACAGUUUCUACAAUUAAAGGAGUCUCCAUUAACAUCAGCAACUGUUCAAAAUAAAGCUGAUACAUUGCAAAGUCAAUUUUAAAAAACCAAAUAAAAGUAGUUUAUUAACCCUGCUUUCUGGAAUACACCCCAGUACUAGUAUUUUCUAGUAUUUGUUUUGAGUUGUCAAUCAAUUCAGUCAAAUAUAAAAUGCAGGCCUGUUUUUAAUCCUGUUGAAUGUUUUUAUCUUUUAGGACAAUUAAGUAGCUAAAACAUCUGCAUCAUUUUCUCCUUUAAAUUCUCCUUUAUAACCAAGUUAUUGUUUUUGUGUAAAAUGAAUUUUGUAGAAAAGAAAAAAAUCAUAAUUUAUAAGUAAGCAUUUGACCACAUGAUGGCGCAAGAUGACUCUAAUUUGGAUUGGCUUUCGCUUGAAUUGCCUUCAAGCAGGUCAAUAACUCAAUUUUAAUCAGGUGGCAGUCUCCUCUUAACCAAAGUAUUAAGUCAUUUAUCCAGUUAAUUAAGCAAAUAGGUAUGCUUUCUGAAGAUGUUUUACCAAAUUAAACAUUGGGCUACCAGUGGACAUACAAAUCUAUCCCUGCCAAUAAAUAAAUCUUGAGCUCUAUCAGCUUGGAGUGGACACAGUGUAGAUUUGAAGGGUGGGUUAUUGUUGGUUUGCUGUAAUGGCUUGCAUACACCCUUGAUACAUGAUAAAAUUACACACCCUAAAUUUAGAUAAGGGAAUUUAGAACUCACACUGCAUUUUGUUUUAUUCUCUCACAACCAUAAUCUGUUCUGUUCAUGCAAUAUUAUGUAUGCAUUUUUAUUUUAGUUAUCGUCGGUGCUGGAAAUGGCCAUGGUUCACCAGGGAGAUUCUAGUUGGGGAUAUAGGCUAUAUUUUUUAAAACCAUAUGCAUAAACUCCUACUGUAAAGUGUGCAUAUAGUGUUUGGAGCCUAUUACAUGCAUAAAAUAUGAAAAUCUUCUAUAUUUUGAGGUGGAACUCCGUCCUCACUUGAAAUUCACUCCUGGACCCCCCCCUCCCCACGUUUCUCCCCAUUUCCAGCCCUGGUUAUCAUCCACCACAUCUUAAAAAACUGUGCAAGUGUAAAAUAGGGGAAACAGGCAAAGUUGUGAAAAACAGUAAACAAUCCAAUGGUUCAAGUGAGGUCAGUGGGUUUUUCCUGCUGAGAUUUUUAGCAAAUCUGGUUUGAGUUUAGAGGCACCACAUUACAGCAGAUAUUUGGAUUUAAAAACCAAACUUAAAAUGUUAAUGCUUGGCUGAUAUUGUUUAGCUCAUUCCAUAUGUUAUUUUGCUUUAAGAGACAAGCAAUGUGUUUGUUAGUUUUGGUAACAAUUAUGUUGUCUAAGCAAGCACAUGUUUAAUAUAGGUCUUUGUCCAAAAGGAUUGGCAUUUUUGUUUGUUUAAAAAGUAAUUGUUGAUAGUUAAAUGACUUAUAAUAACACCCCCAACAGUUAACAUUAAACACAAACGUCAUAUCUUUUGAAAGUAACUUUUUCAUCAAACCGCUGUUUAUCAUUUCUCCAACCAUCUGUUGUAUGGUGGUGUUUUUAAUCUAAUUAGUUCCAUUCGUUUCUAAUUGUUAUGUUCCUUCCCAUCAUCCCAUUGGUUUUCUAUUAACUUGUGGUCAGAUUUUGAUCAGGUGAAGUAAUUGGAUUCAUAUCUUCCCAUAGUUUUGACUUUUUGGGUUUCCUGUUUUUCUGAUCUGUCUCCAACUUGAGCUCAUUUAUGCAGGAGUUUACAGAAGAAGGAUGCGGGACUUCGGGCUUCUGCCAGGCGCUUUUCUUCUGCAUGCUCUCCUGGCCGUGAGAUGCGCGCCUUUGCAUGGGGGACGAGGGCUGAUAAAACACAAACAACCCACGGGUUGGCCACAGCAUCCCCAUUCUCACUAUGAGAAGAAGAGAGGCAAAGCCUCCCACCCUCAGGACACCUUCAAACCAGCAUGGCCGAAGGGUGAAGCACCACUCAGGAACAGCUCCUCAGGGCCCAUGCGCUGCGGGGUUCCAGACUAUCCCGACCAGAGAGAGGUGCAUCUCAGCAGACGGCAUCGGCAAAAACGAUUCGUGAUUUUUGGAGGACGCUGGCCCAAAACAGACCUGACAUACAAAAUCCAGCGUUUCCCGUGGCAGAUGAGUGAGGAUAAAGUGAGGCGGGUAUUACAGGAAGCUCUUAAAGUCUGGAGUGAUGUCACACCCCUCACCUUCACUGAGGUCAUUAACCAAGAGGCUGACUUUGUCAUUGACUUCACAAGGUACUGGCAUGGUGAUAAUUUGCCAUUUGAUGGACCUGGUGGCAUCCUGGCUCACGCUUUUUUCCCAAGGACACAUCGAGAAGGAGACAUCCAUUUCGACUACGAUGAGUCUUGGACAGUGGGCAAUGAACUUGGAACAGACCUUCUGCAGGUGGCAGCUCAUGAGUUUGGUCACGUCCUGGGUCUGCAGCACUCCAUGGAGCCUGGAGCCAUCAUGUCUCCAUUUUACAGCUUCUCCUAUCCCCUGCAGCUCAGCGAGGAUGACAAAAAAGGCAUCCAAUAUCUCUACGGACCCCGGCCGCAAGCCCCACCCCAAAUCCCUACAGAAACCAAUGAGAUUAUCACCAGUGCACCUGACGCCUGUCACACGGACUUUGAUGCUGUGUCUAUAAUCCGUGGGGAACUGUUCUUCUUCAAGGCUGACUAUGCCUGGCGCAUCAGGGAGGGCCGUCUGCAGGCGGGAUACCCUGCCUUGGCCUCCCGACACUGGAGGGGCAUUCCAGAGAACAUUGACGCCGCCUAUGAAGACCAAAAGGGCAAUAUCUGGUUCUUUGAAGGUUCCAACUACUGGGUGUUCGAUGCAGAACACAGGAUAGCAGGUCCAGACAAUCUAGAGACUUUAGGCCUUCCCAACACGCACAUUCAGGCAGUAUUGCGCUUAAAGGAGCACCACGGCCAGCAAACAUACUUCUUCAAGCCUGGAAGAUACUGGCGUUUGGACCCACAGGAGAACAGAGUGGAUGCAGGCUUCCCACGCAGCAUCAAGCAGGAUUGGUGGGGUGUCCCUGAUAACAUUGAUGCCGCCUUUCAGGAUGUCCAAGGUUAUGCAAUCUUUAUCAGUCGCAGACAGUACUGGAAGUUCGAUCCAGUUCAGCGAAAGGUUCUGGAGGGUUACCCACGAUAUGUUGGUCAGGAUUUCUUUGGAUGCAGCAUGCCAUAAACUCAGGAAGCUUUCGGUCUUCUGCACAGUUCUCACACUCUCCGGUCUAAAGCACAUCUAAAGUAUAAUUUCCCUAAUUGAGCAUCAGAUUGAACACUCCAGUUUUUAAAUUUUGUAUUAACUUUAAAUUAGUAUCUGCUUAGAUAUGACAAAUGCAGUGUAACCUAAGUUUCUGCUUCCCCAAGCAUUUCUUUUCACCUCUAUAUUGUUCUCAGGAAGCAUGUCUGAGCUUUAUGAACCAUGAGCAGCUAUGUCUGUGUCAGUACUGUGUUAUUAUAUUAACCCUGUUGUUAAGGUGCUACACAAGGUGCUAAAACAUUUUAAAUCAGGGAUUUUUGCAUCAGUUGCAAUAUAACUCUCCUGCAGCUUUUAAAAUUUCCUGCAAGUUGUACUGUGACUUAAAAUUUAAGAGAAACUGGUCGACUGUAACAUGUUAGUUGCAACUGAUCGCUGUUACUCUAAUAUCUUAAUUUACUGUGCAGUUUGUAUCGAUUCAUACCACUUCCACUUUUUUUAUCCAAAUGUUUGGAGAUAUUUUAUCUUUGAUAACGUUUUUUAAACACAAACUGUUUAUGACUGUAUGAUUAAUGUAUCUACAGAAAAACUGACAACAGUGCCGGACACUGAUGUUGUUUUAAUUUUUUAGAGGUUUGUUUUUUCAUAAAUCUUAUUACAUUAGAUCAGUUUGAAAUAUCUUUUUCCAACAUGUGCCUUUUUCUUUCUGUUAUUAAAAAAAUAUAUUAUAUUUUUACCUAUGUUACUCGUUUUCCCAUCUUUUUUCAUAUUUACUGUGUAAAUACUUAUACUAUAUAAUAUGUGUGUUGUUUGAAUAUCUGUAUUUUGGUACAA